UACUCCGCUUGAGAUAAAGACGGAACAUCUCGGUGUGGUGAAGACAAACCACACAGUUUCCAGCUGGUGCGACCAGGACCAGGAUGAGUUCAAACACCACACAAACCGCCCGCCUCGGUUAUUUUGUAGCGUUUGUCGCGCGCGCACACACUCACGCAAACACUUGAAGUAUCAAACCGGCUCCGAGCGACAUUUGAGGUUUUUUUUCUUUCCCGGAGGAAACGUAUAUUUCUAUCCUUUACAUUUCCUCCACAUUAAAAGACGUUUUCCUUAAAGAACGGGCGUGAUUUCGUCUGCACUGUGACACUGUGGUGUGUUUUAAACACGGCACGGCACGGCACGGCACACAAGAGAGGAACGACACUAAGAGACGGAGAGAGUGACAAGGACGAGGAGAGCGAGAAAGAAAGGGGAGGGGAACUGACAUUAAAGCAACACAACAAGGAAACUACACUGCGGAGCCACAGACAGACGCCUUCAUUUUAUGUUUUUGAAUAAUAGCCGGAGACAGAGAGACACAGAGACACAGAGACACGGAGAGAGGGAGCGAGUGUGGUGGAGAAGUGUCUCAGCACCAACAACCACAGCCACACUCAAGUGUGUCCGACUGCUUUUACCCACCGACGUUCCGCGACAUGGACUCAGAGCCACCCAGCUCUCCACAGGUGGUGGAGGAUGGAGGAGAGGAGGAUGAGGAGGAGCUGAGUGGAGGAGAGGAGGCAGACCUGAGGUCCAGCACUGGCCGAGGCUCCCUGCUGACACGCAGGGGCAUCACCCUGAGAGUCCUGCUCAAGGACGGGCUGGUGGAGCCGGGAGAUGGGGUGCUGGCCAUCCACUACCUGGGUAAGAACUUUGUGGGAGACCUGUUGAAUGACGGGAAAAUCCGAUGGGUGGAGACGGGCCAGAUCUUCAACUCGCCGAGUGCCUGGGCGACUCACUGCAAACGUCUGGUUAACCCGGCCAAGAAGUCCGGCUGCGGCUGGGCGUCUGUGCGCUACCGGGGACAGAAACUGGCCCAGUACAAAACCACCUGGCUGCACAAAUACCAACCGAGCGCAGACAUGAGCCUGGUGAGUGAGGAGGAUGACGAUGAAGAUGAAGAGGAAGGUAAGGCGGCCGUUCAAGCAGAUGAGAAGAACAAGAACACCAAACCUGGAUUACAUGACGUGAUGGUUUCGCGGCGAACUGACAGAGAGAGAAUUCCUGUCAGAUAUUGCACGUUGGGCACCAGAGAUGCUGCCAGAGAUCCGCUCACACUGGUGGAGCUGUCGGCCUUCUCAGCCAUCAACAGGUUUCAGCCUUUCAACGUCGCCGUGUCCAGUAACGUCCUGCUGCUCAUGGACUUCCACUGUCACCUGACCACCAGUGAGGUGGUGGGAUAUCUGGGAGGACGGUGGGACACUAACACACAAUUGCUGACUGUGUUGCGGGCUUUUCCCUGUCGGACCAGGCUGGGGGACAGAGACGCUGCCUCUGCUGUUGAGGAGGAGAUCUGUCAGAACCUGUUCAUGCGCGGUCUGUCGCUGGUCGGCUGGUACCACAGUCACCCUCGAGGUCCGGCUCUGCCGUCGCUGCAGGACAUCGACUCUCAGAUGGAUCAUCAGCUGAGGCUGCAGGGCUCAAACAACGGCUUCCAGCCCUGUCUGGGCGUCAUCUGCGGACCAUAUUAUCACGGUAAUCAAGGGGUCGCAUCCACGAUAACUCCAUUCUGGGUUGUACCACCACCCGAGCAACGACCCAACGACUACGGCAUCCCAGUGGCUGUUGAAGUCACGUACGUGCAGGACAACUUCCUCACUAGUGAUGUUCUCAACGAGAUGAUGCUGCUGGUCGACUACUACAGAGCGGCCCCUGACCUCGUCCACUUCAACCAGUACUGGUGUCCUGAUACAACCAUGAUGGACAAGAUCAAGGGCUCCCUGAGUUGCCACGCCCCCAAAGAUCAGGCCUACUCUCAGAUCCUGGAGCACGUCUACAGUCAGCUGAGCAACAUGAACUGACUGUGAGUGGACCUGCUCUGCGUGAGGACGCUCUCCACCUUCAGUCAUUUCACACGCCUUCAUCACGCAGGACAAGGUGACGGCGUACGGUGUCAAACAAACACACAAACACACAAACACACAAACAAAAACCUGCUUUACAAACAUGUCGAUGCCUUGAAUUAUCUCACACCUCAUUCCAUGAGUCAAAGCAACAUUAUGCGAUGUUUGUGGGCGGCGGCAUCAGCAGCAGCAGCAGCAGCAGCGCCCUCUGCAGCCACAAGUGAGCACUAAUUCUGUGGCGUGUCACUGAACUAAAGUGGUUUGUAGUGGUUCUCUGCUGCUGUAACUUGUUUACUUCAAGGUUCUCUGCACUGGGACCAUUGUUCCUCAGCGCCGGUGCGCGGUCUGAACUUCAGCAGGUCGUCUUGACCACGUCUACAUGUCUAAAUGCAAAGAGUUUCUGUCAUGUGAUGAAACAUGAGGUAACACUUUAUAUUACAGUGCACUGACACUAUGGUCUUGUUGUAAAAGGGAAGUAAUAUCAUGGUUAUACCAUCAUUUAAGAAAUAGCUUAAAAUGUGUGUGGGACAUUUCAACUUUAUAAUAAUUGUUUAAUUCAUCUGUUUAUAUAACAGAUGAAUCUGUCGAGUAUUUUCCCGAUUCAUCGAGUUCUUAUUUGGGCCAUAAAACGUCAGAUCGAUGUUCCGGAUCCAAACUUUAAAAUGGUGGUGUUUUCAAAUGUCUUGUUUUGUCCCCAAACCAAAAUGAUUCAGUUUUACUGAUUUCUUUGUUGUAAGGAAACAGAAAACUAAGCUGAAAAUACUCAUUUGUAGUUGCGGCCCGACUGUACUGGAAUGUAAAGUGUUACCAAUAUUUGCAUGAACCUGCAGAACUGGAUCUAAUCUUUAUCUCUCACCAAACAUCAGAGAUAAACACCCUCAUUGUCACCAUUACUUUAGAAGUUUCUAGGCACUCACACUCACUCGUUACAGGUACAGACACAGAAUGGGUUUAAACGAGCGUCGCAUGAAACUGCCGUUCUACGUCGGAACGGUUCCAUAAUGUUGCUUUGAAAACUCUUCAGUGACUUCAACGAAGGUGCUAGAGCUGCUCGUCACCGCAGCCACUUAUUUAUUAUUAUUAUUAUUAUUAUUAUUAACGACAUAAAAGAUAUACGACUGUUUUACUAACAUGAAAUACUGUUUGAAGGACACUAGAUGGAGCAGGUUCACGGUACAGAAAUCAGCAAACCUUCUUACCUUCUACACAUGGACCUACAGUAUGUGCCUGUCUGUGCCAGUUACCUGUGAUGAGAGCAGAUCAGAUUCUUUGACGUUAUCUGCCUUUGACGACUAAAUCAGGAAGUUAUUGGAAAAAAAUAAAUAAAAUAAAUAGUGCUGAAUACGUUUAGCGUACAACAUGAGGAAAGUAUGCAAAGGCGUGACAGUUUGACCUCAGCUACACUUUACUGCAGUUUUGUGAAUGUUUGUGUUUACGUUGAAGAAAUGUUGUGGUAUUUUUUAAUGAACGUGUGAGAAAACGUGCUCCUCUACUGUGUCCUGUUGUUAGGACUGAGACUUGCUUCUUAUUUACCUGUGCUGUAUUUAUUCUAACCUGUGGAUUGUGUCAUGUACUGUAUAUCUGUGAAACAUAUGCCUUAAGCCUGCUGAUCGGUUCUCCACAAAGCAUUAAAAUAGACACACUGGAACUAUUUAAAACACAACCAUCUCUUCCUUUUUUGUUAUAUAUAUAAAAACACAUUUCAAAAUACAA